UAGAUAGUGUAAUGGCCAACAGGACAGUGAAGGAUGCGAAUACUAUCCAUGGUACCAAUCCACAGUACCUGGUGGAGAAGAUAAUACGCAGUCGAAUCUACGACUGCAAGUAUUGGAAAGAACACUGCUUCGCUCUCACAUCGGAGAUCUUAGUGGACCGCGCGAUGGAAUUGAGGUACGUCGGGGGAUCUUACGGGGCCAACAUCAAAGUGACCCCCUUCAUGUGUCUGCUCCUGAAGAUGCUGCAGAUCCAGCCUGACAAAGACGUCAUCGUCGAGUUCAUCAAACAGCAAGACUUCAAGUACGUAAGAUGUUUGGGAGCUGUUUACUUAAGACUAACGUUUUCCUCGUUAGAAUGUUACAAGUACUUGGAACCUCUGCUGGUGGAUUACAGAAAAAUCAGAUGUAUGAACUCAAAUGGAGAGUUCGUUUUGUCGUACGUUGAUGAGUUCAUUGAUAAGCUGUUGACAGAAGAUAAAAGUUGUUCUAUCGUGCUGCCGCGCCUGACUAAACGAAUAGCAUUGGAGGAUUUAAAUCAACUCCAGCCGAAGGUGUCGGCACUGGAAGAAGAUCUGGAGUUUGAAGAGGAUGAUGCUAGCAGCGACGAGGAACCAGCUAGCAAUACUAAAAAAGGCAGGGAUGCUGUAUUGUCUAGAAGUCGGUCAACAUCACCAAUUCCCACAAAAAGAAAACGCAGCAGUAGAAGUCGAAGCAAAGACAAAAGAACUGGAAACAGCUCGAAAUCAGCUGAGAAGAAGAAAAAGAAAUCUGAUAAGAAAGAAAAGAAAUCGAAAAGUAGUCGCAAGGAAGAACAGAAAUCUUCGCGAAAAAAAGAUGACGAUGAUUAUCACAAAGACAGUUUGAGUAUCAGCGAGACAAACAAGCUAAGAGCUAGUUUGGGUCUAGCUCCGUUGGUUGAAUAAGCGAGGAAAGUUGCGGAUUCAUUAGAUGGAGUAAUCGAAAGUUCGCCGCUUCGUGGAACCUAUUGGUCACAAUUCUAGCUCGACGAAAGUUUUGACGAGAAAAUUUGAUAAAAACGGUCAGACUCAGGAUAAGUUUUACGAUUCAUGUGCUGGUUUUGAUUUUGAUAUAGUAAUUAAAGUUUGCAUUUAAAA